GAGUCUGCUCCUCGCUCCUCCUGUGUUGGCUUUCAGCCCCAUGGCGCUCUGGUUGACUGUGGUCAUUGCUUUCACCUGCCUUAGUGGCCUUGCCUCCCCAGGUCCUGUGCGUAACUUAACAACCACCAAGGAGCUCAUUGAGGAACUGGCCAACAUCACCCAGAAUCAGGCAUCCCUCUGCAAUGGCAGCAUGGUAUGGAGCGUCAACCGGACCGCCAGCAUGUACUGUGCAGCUCUGGAAUCUCUGAUCAGUGUCUCCAACUGCAGCGCCAUCCACAGGACCCAGAGGUUGCUGAAAUCACUGUGUGCUCAGGAUACCUCGGCAGGGAUCCCCAGUGAGCGCAGCCAGGACACCAAAAUUGAAGUGAUCCAGUUGGUGAAAAACCUGCUCACCUAUGCACGGGGUGUUUUUCGCCAUGGAAAUUUCCCAUGAAGCAUGAAAACCUAGCAUUCUUAUUCACAGAGGCAGACCUGACCUUUUAAGUUACAGAUUCAUUUUUUCUUCCAGAUGUCACAGAUUUCUUGUUGGGAUAGGGUGCAGGGAGGGAGGGAGACACGAUUUCCUUAGCUUGGACCUCAGCCUGUGCCACCUGCCUCCACCAAGCUGAGCCCAGCCAGUGGCUCUACACUCCGUGGACAAGAGGGAAACACUGCUUGGCAGGACUGCCCCCUUCUGAGACCAAACCUCUGCAUUACAAUGGGAGCCGCCUUGGAGGGGGCCUUGCUGUUCACAGGCAUGGCUAAGGCAGACAGCAGCAUCCCAGGCACAUUUCUUCUUAGUCUUAUUUAUUAUUGUGUGUUAUUUAAACAAGUGUGUUCGUCUGUGCUGGGGACAGGGAGGGACUGUUGCCUCCAGAACCUGGAGCUGGGGGCCCGACCAUGUGGGUGUUAGGAGUCCCUGGGAAUAAGCACUGUGUGUAAAAUUCUGCUACCUCACUGGGGUCCUGGGGCUGACACAGGACGGGAGAGAGGGCCAGAGAAGCUGCUCUUGUCUGCCAGGCAGCAGCUGGCCCUCAGCCAAAGAGUAAUUUAUUGUUUUUCCUUGUAUUUAAAAUUAAGAAAUAAAAUAUGUUAUCAAAGAGUUAAUAAUAUAUAGAA